AUGGCCGCAGAGAACACCGUCAUCCCUGCCAGGGAAACUGUCAUCAACGGGCAGGUGUUUCUGGCCCCCGCCAUCGGCCAGCCGCGGAAGCGCAACGACCACGUUGGGAGCCGCAUCGAGCAGCUGUACCGGUCUUCGUCAAACGGCGCGUGGCCUAAGCGUCUCGUCAAGGACCUGACGACGCAGCCUCCCCUGAAGCAGAAGAGAAAGGUGGCCAAGGUGACCGAGCACGUGAUUAAUCGGUUGAAAUUGCAAUCCGGGAAGAAGCUCAGGUCGGUGGGGACGGACCGGGGGAAGGAGUACAUCAAAAAGGCCCUCAAAGAUGUGUUUGGGGGCAAGGGGACGGUGCACGAGAAGACCGCCCCCUACACGGCAGAGCGGCUCAAUUGGGAGUUGUAG